UAAGCGUAUUCACUGAUCUGUCUCUGUAUACGCGACGAAUGUUAACUCAAUGAAGAUUACAAGAAACUUUAGAAACAGUCUGAAGAAGCGAGCUUCCCUGCUUCCUUUGGUGUGUGCUGUGUUUGUUUGAUGUGAAAGACUGUGCACUAGAAGUCAUGUUACUGUAGUGCUCUCGGUGUGCAGGAGAAGAUUCACAGCUCUUAAAAACAAGUAGCCGACACCAGUUUCCCAAUGGCAGAAAACAACUUUCCUCCUCUGCCUGGCUUUAUUCCUCUGAAGCCGUGCUUCUACCAGGACUUUGAGGAGAUUCCUGACCAGCACCGCACCAUGUGCAAGAGACUGUACCAUCUGUGGAUCUUGUACGGGGUGACGCUGCUGGUGAACUUCUUGGGCUGUAUGGCGUGGAUGUUUGGAGGUGGAGGAGUGACUAACUUCGGCAUGUCCAUCAUCUGGGUUAUUCUCUUCACCCCCUGCUCUUACGUCUGCUGGUUCAGACCCAUUUACAACGCCUUCAAGACCGACAGCUCAUUCUACUUCAUGGCAUUCUUCUUCGUGUUCAUGGCACAACUUUUCAUUGCUAUAAUUCAGGCCAUAGGAAUACCAGGAUGGGGUGUCUGCGGCUGGUUGGGCACCAUCUCCUUCUUUGGCACGAGUAUCUUUGCCUCCAUCAUCAUGUUGAUCCCCACCCUCAUGUUCACCGCAGUCGCUGUCAUCUCAUUCGUGGUGCUCACGAAGGUACGGCUCUCUCUGAUCUAUUAAAGCGGACAGCUCCUUUAGCUGAAGACGAGGGGCGGCUUUGUUGUCAUUAAAUGUGAUGCUGGAGCAUGCAGUUCUUGUUAAAUAGAUGUGAGAGUAAAUAAAUCAUUUGCCUUAGUA